AUGGAUGAUGGAGGGGAUGAUGAUGGAGGGGGGGGCUGUGGGGUGGAGGCAAGUCCUCUUGGGGGGCUGUGGGGAAGGCUGUGUCAACCUCUCUUUGGCCUUUCUGCCCCCCCUCGUCACUGUCCCUCUGGCCAUCUCUCCAUCCCUCCCAUCCUUCUCACCCUUGCCGUGACCCGCCUGGCAGUCAAGGACGCCGAUGGGGUGCUGUGCCGGUACAAGAAGAUCCUCAACACCUUCCAGAAGCUGAAGAGCAUGAGCCGGGCCUUCGAGCACCACCGGGUGGAUCGCAACACGGUGGCACUGACCACGCCCAUUGCUGAGCUGCUUAUCGUGGCGCCCGAGAAGCUGGCUGAGGUGGGCGAGUUCGACCCGUCCAAGGAACGGCUGCUGGAGUACUCACGCCGCUGCUUCCUGGCGCUGGAUGACGAGACCCUCAAGAAGGUGCAAGCCCUCAAGAAGAGCAAGCUGCUGCUGCCCAUCACCUACCGUUUCAAGCGGUGAUGGGGCCCCCAACAGCUCCCCUGGGACCCAUCGCCCUGGCAACUGGCCUAUCCCACUUCUGACACCACACUGCCCCGGGAUCCUCUUGGACCACCCUGUCCCAUACUGACACCAACACUGCCCAUCCCUGAGAUCCGUCACCUUGCUCACUGGCCUAUCCCACUGCUGAUGCCAACGCUGCCCCCUGAACUUCCUCAGACUGCCUUGCCCCACCUCGGACAUGAGCACUGCCCCUGGGAUCCCUUCAAAAUUCCCUAUCUCACUACUACCAUCAAUGCCACCUCCAUCCCUUGAACUGGCCUGUCCCGCCAAUGCUGCCCCCACCCCACAGGAUCUGUUACCCACAAACCUGCUAACACACUGCUAACACCAACAAUGCUUGCCCCCUGGGACUCUCUCGCACCAGCCCUUUCCACCAUUGACACCAAUGUAGCCUCCCACCCCGGGGAUAUGUCUCUUUGCAAAGCAACCUAUCCCACCGCUGACACCAAUGUCACCCCUCUGGGGCCUCUAGAAGCACCCUAUCCAAUGACUGACAAAUACAUACCCAAUCCCUGCUGCCCAUCAUCUUAAACUAUGAUGGGAUUCCACCCCCCCACGCACAUACUAGUGCCCCCUCCCACUGCUACAACAAAUAUUGCCUCCCGUAUCACCUCUCGCUUCAAGCAAUGAUGGGAUAAGGGCACUAUCCUACGCUGGUGCCCAUCAUCUACCACUUGUGGAGGUAAUGUGACAUCCUGCUCCUGACUGCACACAAUCCCACUGCUGACACCAUCACCUCUGGUACCAUCCCCUGGCACUACUGCCCACCCAUUCUUGCGGCAGACAACAGUGGGACUUUCCCUGCUCCCACAGAGCAACUUCCACUACUGUCGACCGCCACACGCCUGCUGCUUCCGCUCGCUCUUCUGUCCGUCCCAUUUCUCUGCCAGUGCUCUCUCCCCGUGAUCUGCCGCUACCCUUUGCUGAAUCUCUCCACCCCACUGUGUGAUGACUGGCUCCGUUCAUCCCUCUUUCUGUGCACAUCGCCUGCUGGACCUCUAAAUUCUCCCCCUGGCUCUGGGAGGGGAGUGGGGGCUAGUGGUUGGAGCAGUGGGGUCUGGGAGCCCGGACACCCAGGUUCUGUUUAUCCACUCGGAGACAUUGGGGGAAUUCUGUCUUCCCUUCCCAGGGGCAUGGGGAUCCCGUCCCUUUGCCUGGGGCUGUGUGAGCAGUGAGGCAGAGCUAGGUGUGGAAGGGGGCUAUGCUCUCACUCUGGUCCCUGGCCUGCCCAUGGGAGCAGUCAAACUCUGAGAGGCCCACCUAUAGCCCAUCUGGGGUAGGAGGCCUGUGGUUGCCAGGGCGGGGGCUAGCGGGCAGGCUAGCCCAAGGGGCCACAAGCUGGGGGCUUUCUUGUGGCAAAAGGGGUUCUGUCCUGACAGUGGUGGCCUGGUUAAAUGGGUAGGGUGGGGCUGGCUGGACCAGACUCCAAGGAACACACCAGGCUCUCCUGCCCGUAGGGUUGGUCUGUCUGCACUGCGGGAACGGGCCACGGGGCCAGGAGGGGACCGGCCCCACAAGCACGGGAGGUGACACUGGAGAAAGCAGGUUGACCUUUUAGGUCCAGGUCAGGCCUAAAAAUUAGGCCUGAGCACAAUUCUGUGGGGCAGAGGAGUAGGGUGGAGGGGGGUGGGGCUUUUCCUCAUGAGGUGGUGU